AUGGACGGCCCCGGAUAUACCUCUGCGUCGUCUGCGUCUGCUCAUACCGCAACUUCACAUCGUCGCAAACUCAUCAAGAAACCUCCCACUUACGCCUACGCUCGUUCCUCCUCUGGCUUCGAUGGUGGUGCCUUCGACGCCCAGUCCCUCGAGAGCAAACGCAGUUCCCAGAGUCUGAGAAGAGCCCCCAGCGCUCCCCCAGCCCGCUCAAACCCCGCGACCGUGUCCGACUGGCAAGACUCUGAUCGAUCUCAUCCUCAAUUAUCCGCCAACAACAACACCCUAAGACCUGUCCCGUCGCCCAUCUCACCCCAGGGCGACUUCACCCCCGCUAAUCACUGGGCGCCUGUCCCCCGUCAUCCCGACCGUCUCUCCGAUUCUCACCUCCGCCCUCUCAGUAAGACAGCGGUGCCUGACGACCUCAUCGGCGCUCCUUUUGACGGCGCUGCCAUUCUGAACCGCAUCGAAUCGAUUAAGAUUCCUAGUCCGAAGGCUGCUGUCCCUCGUCAAUUCCCGCCCCAAAUCGUCAAGGCGCCUACCGAUUCCAGGCUUGCUAGCCCUGCCCUACGAACUUCGACCAGCUUCUCCGCGAUGGACUCAUCACUAAAUGAGAAGAGCCUAGGCCCGAGGGUUCCAACCGAUGGGCCUUCGGUCAACCCCAAGCGAUAUUCUGACGAUGGCAAGGAUCUCAAGCCUGCUGUUCUACGAAAGAAGUCAGGAUUUUCCGGUUUCAUGAACAGCUUGGUUGGAUCGCCCAAGAAACCCGUUAUUUCUGCACCUGAAAACCCCGUCCACGUUACUCAUGUCGGCUAUGAUAGUUCCACAGGCCAGUUUACAGGUCUGCCAAAAGAAUGGCAGCGGCUUAUCAACGAAAGCGGAAUUCCUGAAAAGGAAAGGCGAGAAAACCCGCAAACUAUGGUUGAUAUCUUGCAGUUCUACAAAGAGACCACGGAGAGGCCCCCAGAAGAUCAGGUCCUCGAGAAAUUUCAUCAUGCUGGCCAGUAUGCCACCUCUCCGGCAACUGCAGCAUCACCGGGCAUGUACCCGUCAAACUAUAUGGGAAGUUUUGAGAAUCCCCGAGCACCACCGCCUGUUCCCCGAGGCCAGGUUGGUAAGGACCUGAUGCCCAGCCGCCCAGCUCCAAAACCGCCCGUCAGCAUGAGCAAUCGACAUAUGCCUCAAGGCGCAUACUCGACCAAGGACUCAGGCAUCGGUAUGUCUCAGUCCGGCGACGAAUCCUACGGCAUGUCAAAGGAUGCUGGCCCUAUGCUCCCCGAAGAGCACCGAUCGAGGUCCAAUUCGCGCGUCACUGGACCAACAUACGCCCCAACUGCUCCGCAACCCAACCCACAGCUCGCCCAAGCGCAAGCCGCCGCUUAUCAACAACAACUUAUGCAGCAGCAGCAAGAGCAAGCCAUGGCCCAGGCUCAAGCUGCCAUGUCUGGCGGCAUUGGCCGUGCUCCUAGUAAACGAACCCCUCAUCCCCAGAACCCGAACAUGCAAGCAGCUCCUGGAUACGGCCGUGCCCCCGAGUCUAAUGGUAUGCACAACGCUCCUCGUCAGCAGGCUCCUGGAGCAGCCGUUCCCGGGGCUAGGCCACGACACCGGGCCCGUCAGAGCGCAGGUCUUGAUAUCGUUGCUGCCCUUAAGCGCAUCUGUAGCGAGGGCGAUCCUCGAGACAUAUACCGAGGAUUCAACAAGAUCGGCCAGGGUGCAUCUGGAGGUGUUUUUACUGGUCACGAGCGUGGCACGAACAGAUUGGUGGCUAUCAAGCAGAUGAAUCUCGAACAGCAACCUAAGAAGGACCUGAUUAUCAACGAGAUUCUUGUCAUGAAGGAUAGCUCACAUCCCAACAUCGUCAACUUUAUCGACAGUUAUCUGUGUGGUGGCGAGCUGUGGGUCGUCAUGGAGUUUAUGGAGGGAGGCAGCCUUACGGAUGUUGUCACCUUCAAUAUCAUGUCCGAGGGGCAGAUCGCUUCUGUGUGUCGCGAGACCCUUCUUGGUCUGCAACAUCUGCAUUCCAAGGGAGUCAUUCAUCGAGAUAUCAAGUCGGAUAACAUUUUGCUAUCCUUGGAGGGCAAGAUCAAGCUGACCGAUUUUGGAUUCUGUGCGACCAUCAACGAGGCCCAGAACAAGCGAACAACCAUGGUGGGUACACCAUACUGGAUGGCGCCCGAAGUCGUUACCAGGAAAGAGUACGGACGCAAGGUCGAUAUCUGGUCUUUGGGUAUCAUGGCGAUCGAAAUGAUAGAAGGCGAGCCGCCAUACCUGACCGAAUCUCCUUUGCGUGCUCUUUGGUUGAUUGCAACCAACGGAACUCCUCACAUUAAGAAUGAGCAGGAUCUUUCUCCUGUGUUCAAGGACUUCCUAUACUUUGCACUCAAGGUGGAUCCGGAGAAGCGAGCUAGUGCUCAUGAUUUGCUGAGGGUAAGUCCAAACAUUUCCUGUUGA